AUGCCGCCUCGGAGGACGCAUACAAAGUCGCGGAAUGGAUGUGUGCAGUGCAAGAAAAGAAGAGUCAAGUGUGACGAACAAGGGCCUCCAUGCUCCAAUUGCAUCUCCCGUGAGCUGCUUUGCACAUAUGUGGAUGUCCCAAGGACUAGCGAUGUAAAUGGACCGGCAGCGAGACCAACACCCCUACAGCUAGAGAGCACGUCGCAGACGGCCGAUGUUGCAGACAAUGGGUCUAUCAAUUUAUUCCAAGCCGUGAACUUGAGAGCGCUGGAAUUAAUGCACCAAUUCUCAACCGAGACGUACCGGAGUCUCUGCAGUGGCCCCGCGGAUGAUCAUUUUUGGAGAACAACCAUGCCACGUAGGGCGUUGGACUGUGAUUUCCUAAUGUGUGGAAUCCUUGCCGUCGCUUCUUUACAUAUAGCUUCGUUACGCGAACCACCUGAGGUGCUCUCAUAUAUUGACACGGCACUCGAAUAUCACACGCAAGCUUUUGCCCCGUUCCGGAGAGCAAUAGACAAUCUUACGCCAUCGAAUUGUGACGUCGUCUUUGCAUAUUCGGUGAUCCUAAUUGUCAUUGGCAUCGCUCUACCGCAGAUGACGAUGGAGCGAGAAACAAAGUCCAGCAUGACGGAGAACAUCAUCGUGGUCUCAGAGCUGUUGCGAGGCCCUAGUAACAUCGUCCGGAUCAGUCGGCCUUGGUUGAAAGAAAAACUGGACUCAAAGAGCGGGUUCUGGGACAUUGAAACCUCCGAGCUUGACCCAGAGACCAACACUGCUUUGGAUGAACUAACGUCUCUGGGUCGUGAGAUGGCGUCCACCAUGUCUGUGGAGCACCAGCAUGUCUUCCAAGGGGCCAUCGAUGUUCUUCGGAGCUGCUUUUCGAGAUACAGCGCCGCAAAGGAUUCUACGUCCGUAGUUGCGUGGUUGGCUGAGAUAGACAAAGAAUAUUUCUGCACCUUGAGACGCCGGGAGCCGCUUGCGUUGCUCAUUCUUAUGCAUUGGGCUGUUUUACUGGGGGAGCUCGAUGGGAAAAUGUGGUGGGCGAAGAAUUCGGCGCCUGCAUUAGUUUCUGAAAUACUUGAAGCUUUACAAUCCAGUGGAAUACAAUGGAAGGGGCCAUGGUUGUGGCCGAAACAACGACUGGGUCUCUGA